ACUCUUUCAAAGAAUAUUGUUGAGAUUUAUCGGAAUUAAUUAAGCGAUGGUGAGAACACCUUGCCGUGACGAAAAUGGUCGUAAAAAGGGUACUUGGACUCCUGAAGAAGACAGAAAAUUAGCUGAUUAUAUUACUAAAUAUGGAUCAUGGAAUUGGCGACAACUUCCCAAGUAUGCUGGCUUAGCAAGGUGUGGGAAGAGCUGCAGACUUAGAUGGAUGAAUUACUUAAGACCAAAUGUUAAAAGAGGAAACUAUACCAAAGAAGAAGAUGAAAUCAUCUUGAACCUCCAUGCUCAACUUGGAAAUAAGUGGUCAGCGAUUGCAGUUCACUUGCCAGGAAGAUCAGACAAUGAGAUAAAGAAUCAUUGGCACACAUCACUGAAGAAGCGAGCUAAUUAUAACUUGAGUGAAGGAAGCAAGAAGUGUAAUAAUAAGAAGAGUGAAAGUAAUAUUACUAAAAGAAAGAGUAAUGUGGAAAAUCAAAAUGCAAGUGCUAAUAAUAAUAAUAUGCAUGAAAAUAUAGUAUUGGAAAGUUCAGAAUGGUCACCAAAGGAGUCAUCAAGUGAAGAGUUAUCCUCUAUUGAUUAUCAACAAGACAUUUUUCAAGAAGAAUUUGGUAAUUUGGAGGAAAUUACAAGUGGAAGUUUUUGGACAGAACCAUUUGAAGUGGAUAGUAAAAUUGAUUUUGUAGCUCCUUCAAUUGAUUAUUAUUGUGAACUUGUAUGUCCACCUUCUCCUUUUAUGCCUCAUGAAUUCUUUCACUUUGAUGAUUGUAAUAAUUAUUGGUAA